UCGGAGGUCCUUCAGCCGUCGCGCCGGCUGCAAUUAUUACGCUCGUCUUCGAAUUCGAUCUCGGCUCGUUCGCGAUUCCUCCAGACAAACCUUCCUACCAAUAUACGCCGCGGCCAUUCAACGAAAUCGUGAACCGAUCGGUGAUGUGCCAUUAAAAUGUUUCAACGCGGUUAAUAACGGCGAGAGGAUAUCGGAGAAACGUCAUCGAUUCAUCGGAGUGAUCUAGCUCCUCUGACGGUCAGUGUUAGUAGCGUCACAAAUGGUCACAAGUUGCAGUCGAGGUAGAGGUGAAUGUUUUGUUUUGCUGUUAAAAACGUCAGACAGCAUGAAUAAUGUUUUCGCAUUACUGAUUUUGUUUAUUACACUAUUAGAUAUUGGAUAUUGCACACAGAGGACUUUACGAUCAUGGGUGAAUCCUGACUGUGGCUCAACAUGUAAUGAGAUAAAUUCAACAACAGUUUACCUGAGAGCUGAUGGUCCCAAUGAUACCUUACAUUAUCUAUGGGAUUUUGAUGGCAAUCCGUCCGUAUUAUUAGCACUUACUUCACCUACAGGUUUCCUUAAUAUAAGCUGGGAUGAUUUCCUUAUGAAUAAAAAAAAUUCUGUAACAUUCACAGAAAAACCUAUAUAUAGUUUUGGAGUAGUUAUAAAUAAGAUCAUAGAGUUCAAUGAUGCUAAUGACACAGGAUUAAUAAACAUUGCUAAUGUUGUAAAUACAAAUAAUCUAUAUCCUAUGUUUUAUCAAUGGGAGCGUAAGACUUUAAUGCAAAAUAAUGACUUUGUUACCUUAGAAAUGGAAGGUAACUAUUACAAUGAUACUGCAAUGAAUAUUAGUAGAAGUGGAAGUGUAAAACUUUCGUUAAGAGGAUUCUGCUCUCUUGAUCAUUCAGAAAUGCUGCCUCAUAUGUUGCAUACCGAAAAUUCCACUCAAAUUGACAUUGUUCUUGACAAUAUACAAACGAAUAAUACCUUCUCUAAAAGCAGAUUUGCCAUUGAAUUAUUAGUAGUUGGGGAAGGAAAUCCUGAUAUACCCAUGUUUGUGAAUCCCAAGAAAAGUUUGGACGACGAACAUACUCCAGGUAUAUUUGAGGUGGUCGAAGUUAGGACACCACCGUUCAAAAGUAUGGAUGAUUUUCGAACUGAGGGUGCUUAUUUGCAAUGGGUACCAAUCUCCUAUACAACCGUGUCCCGCGAAGUAACAAGCGCAACUGAAACAAUGCAAUAUCCACCAAUGAAAGUAACUAAUCAUACAGAUGCUAUCAUCAAUUCUAUGUUGUACCGUUACUACGGAGACGAAGUUAAUGAAAUGCUUACACAGAGAAUUAUUAUAUCGUUAGGAACAAAAGGAGAUGGAUUUUAUAAAAGAACUUACUAUUCUACAUGGACCUUUUUAAUUGGCUAUGGUACACCACCAAGUGAACGAUUUUCUAAUUUGGUAAUUAUGAUCAUUUCCAUUGGUCUAGGCCUUCCACUAAUUAUUCUAAUAGCAACUGGUUUAUACCUUUGCAUUCACAAGCUGCCUAAACGACAUAGUGAUACAUAUUUAAGUCAAUGAAAAGAAUAGAUGAUUAGACGAAGUACGAUAGAUAUUUGUGCACGUUUAGUUGCAUUUUCACUAUACCACCAUUAAACCUUACGAGAGAUUUUCCUAUAUUUAUACAUAGCACAUAUAUUUUUUACACGUAUUUUCAAAUUGAUAUAUAAAUCAAUUUGAAGUAUAUAUGUUAAUGCAUCGCAUAAGAAUUAUUCUGUACAAAUUUAUACACCAUUGAUUAAUAAAUGAUAAGUAACAGUAAAUUAAAAUACCUAUUUUUUUCUUUUUUUUUCUAUAAAUCCUAUAAUUGAAUUUAAUUGUUCUGGAAAAAUAGAGCAAAUUGAUAGUAAGAUCGCAGCACAAUCGCUGACAAAUAGUGUUUCUUAAGGAAAGCUUUACAUGGGUGCUUUCAGAAGCGGUUGAUUGUUCGAAAACGGUAGACGGCGAAUGUUUUUAGUCGAAGAUAGUAAGGGUGGCGCGGUGUGGUACCGUGUUUCUCGCUAUCACGGGGGUGGCGGGCGAGGUGGUGUCGGUGGAAAAGUACAUUUUCAUUGAUCCAUUCGUGGCAUGGAAGUACGGGGUGUGUGAAUUUACGAAUCUUAACCGCGAUAUCAACCCCUGUAACGUGUAUCAUUCAUAUAAUUGAAGCACGGUAUUAGAUAAAAAACGAGGUAGACUACUCGGUUUGAACCUACCGAUAGUGAUAUCAGCAGAGUAGCGAUGGAAGAAAAAUUGAAAGAAAGUUGAGAGAUAGAAGAAGGUGUUCGAUCGAAGGCUUUCAACGGAGGGAAACGACUACCGCAAUUGUCAUUGGGUGAGCACGGAUUUGUAGUUGCGACACUCUCGCGCAGGUUAGUAGAGUGCAGAGGGUAGAGUCAGACCCAGCGGGUGGUUCGCGUAGAGAGUUGCGAAUGGUGUGGGUAUAGUGGGGUGCCUCGAAACUAGUUCCCGUUGAGUCCGCUGCGCGAAAUUAACGCGUGGCGGUGCAAUAACGUCCGCGUCGGGUUUGUCUAAUCGCGGCAGUCUUCGAGAAGAACCUUUUCUGGCAGUAAAAACAGUGCCAGACUCGGUGUGUUCUCAGACUUGGUGAACCAAGUGAAUUACCGUGAUCGGGUAUAGCUGGAUACCAGGGAUAGCAGGAACGAGGGAUAGGAAAACGUUGACAGAUGAACUAGAGAGUGCUAGUGGCGACCAAGUGAAAGACAGAGAGGGUGAGAUCGUCAGGGAUCGAGAAAGUGGGGAGUUUAUAUCGAGUGAAACAACCCGAUCAGAGAAAUAAGGGAGAAAGAGAGGGAGGGAUAACGACAAAGACCAAAAGACGAACGUAUAGUGACAGAGAGUGAGUGAGUGUGAGAGAGAGAGAGAGAGAGAGAGAGAGAGAGAGAGACGUGCGCGCGCGCGUGUAUGUGCCAGAAGGAACUGUCAGACAAAGGAAGUGGAAAGGAAGACCUUUGGUCGGUCCUUCGGUGAGGAAAGUUAAGGGUACGAAGGACGGUCUGGAAGGUAGGAAAGACGGAAGGAUCGUAGUCAGACGAAGCAGCAAUAAAAGGGUUGAGAGUAGUAACGAAAAGGUAGAACGCGUCGGGUCUGUCCCCCAGGAAGGGACCGUCGCGCGCAACGCGAUCAAUUUUCGUUGCGACGCGGGCGGCGAGACUGGUGUAAAGGAAGAAGAAAUGACGACUGCGGCGAGAUACCGAUAACCGGCCAGAUAAUGUUGUCGCAGAGCAAGUUUUACGCUCUCUUUAUCCACUACACGUUUGUGUAGCGCGACACGGGGCGGGUCCUUGCCGCUGCGGUGAAUAACAGUGGAGUCGGAAGAGGUGGUGGAGGCGCGACGAGUACAAAGAA